CUUGGACAAAUAUAUUUAAAUAAAAUUGAUCAUGAUAUUGAUUUUAUUCCAUUACAAGAUGAAUUUGCUGUACGUCAUGAAGAUGAUUUAUUAAUUAUAUCACCACAUCGUUAUCGUUUACGUCGUAUUAAAUUAAAAAUGAUAAAAAAAUUCAAUGAAUUACAUCAUAUAAAUAAUUCAUUAAAAACAAAAACAAAUAUACGUUAUAAAACAAUGAAAAAAUUUCGUCCUAUUGAAUAUUGGGGUUCACUUGUUGAUAUUAAAACACGUGAAAUACUUGUUACAAUAAAUCAAAAUGAAAAUAUUGAAAAAAAAAUUAAUCAAUUAACAAUAAAAAUAAUACGUGAAACAGGUUAUAAUUUACGUCAUUCAUUAAUAAAUGCAUUAUAUUUACGUUCACAUUCAUAUUAUUUUGAUCGUUUAUAUACAUCAGAUCAAACAUUAAUAAGAAAUUUUUAUUAUUUAUCAUGUUAUUUUUUUAAACGUUUACAUUCAAUGUGUUAUCGUUUUGCACAAUUUUAUUCAAAUAAAUAUAUAAAAUCAAAAAGUUUAUUUUUAUUUCGUACAAUACGUUCAGGUUUACGUAUGUUAAUUAAGAAAACAUUUAAUUAUAAUAAAAAAUCAAUUAAAUUACUUCAUCAAUGUAAAUAUGUUUUUUUUAUAUCAUGUAUUCGUUUAGUUAAACAAAAUCAAUAUUUAUUUCAAAAUGAUAUUAUUAUAACAAGAUGUUUACAUAUGAUUAGAAAAUUAAAAUAUUUAAAUAAGAAAAGAAAAUAUGAUAUGAAAAAAAUUAUUGGAUCGAAAUAA